UAAUGGAUAAUGAAAUCCAAAUCGAAAAUAAAGUAAAACGAAUUAAAGAAAGAUAUGUUUAUGAAGCUAUACUUUUAGUUGAAUAAUGGAGGUAUGAUAUAUAUAUAUAUAGUAGGAGCUUAUACUAAUAAACUUAUAUUGAAAAUGGGAGAUAAUUAAAACUUACUUUAGAUAAAGCAGCUGAGAUUGUUGGAGUACCUAGAAAAACUUUAGAAGAUUAUUAUUAUUAAUUGAAGAGAGCAGAGACUUUGGGUAUGACCUUAUAAUAUUUUUUAGUUGAUCUUUAGAAUUUUAAGAAUUGCAAAAUAGGAGUGAUUCGAAGAAUUGUUAAAGAGAGCAAAAAGUAAUCAUAAAAAAUAACUCAUUUAAUUGAUACAAAUGAAUUCUUUUUAUAAGAAAAUCAAACAAAUUACUAUAGAAAAAACAGUUUUGAAUAUGAUGAUUGAU